AUGCUCCGAGGCCGAUCUCUAUCUGUGACAUCCCUGAGUGGGCUUCCUCGGUGGGAAGUUGAAGAACUUCCUGUGGAAGAUUUACUGCUUUUUGAAGUCGCUUGGGAAGUAACCAAUAAAGUUGGUGGCAUCUAUACUGUGAUUCAGACGAAGGCCAAAACCACAGCAGAUGAAUGGGGAGACAAUUAUUUUCUGAUUGGACCAUAUUUCGAGCAUAAUAUGAAGACUCAGGUAGAACAGUGUGAACCUAUAAAUGAUGCUGUUAGAAAAGCAGUGGACACAAUGAAUAAACAUGGCUGCCAGGUGCACUUUGGAAGGUGGCUGAUAGAAGGAAGUCCUUACGUGGUGCUCUUUGACAUAGGCUAUUCAGCCUGGAACCUGGACAGGUGGAAGGGUGACCUCUGGGAAGCCUGCAGUGUCGGCAUCCCUUACCAUGACCGAGAAGCCAACGAUAUGCUAAUAUUCGGAUCUUUAACCGCCUGGUUCUUAAAAGAGGUGACAGAUCAUGCAGAUGGCAAGCAUGUCAUUGCCCAGUUCCAUGAAUGGCAGGCAGGAACUGGACUGGUCCUUUCUCGAGCUCGGAAACUUCCCAUUGCUACAAUAUUUACCACUCACGCCACACUGCUUGGGAGGUAUCUCUGUGCAGCAAACAUUGAUUUCUACAACCAUCUUGAUAAGUUUAACAUAGACAAAGAGGCUGGGGAAAGGCAGAUUUACCACCGUUAUUGCAUGGAGCGGGCCUCUGUCCAUUGUGCUCAUGUGUUCACCACGGUAUCGGAAAUAACAGCAAUAGAAGCUGAACAUAUGCUGAAGAGGAAGCCUGACGUAGUUACUCCAAAUGGCUUAAAUGUUAAGAAAUUUUCAGCAGUGCAUGAGUUUCAAAAUCUACAUGCCAUGUACAAGGCAAGGAUCCAAGAUUUUGUUCGAGGUCAUUUCUAUGGUCAUCUGGACUUCGAUCUUGAAAAGACUUUGUUCCUUUUCAUUGCUGGGAGAUAUGAGUUUUCAAACAAAGGAGCUGACAUCUUCCUAGAAGCCUUAUCCAGGCUAAAUUUUCUGCUGAGGAUGCAUAAAAGUGAUGUCACAGUGGUGGUGUUUUUCAUCAUGCCUGCCAAGACAAAUAAUUUCAAUGUGGAAACGCUGAAAGGCCAAGCAGUACGGAAACAGCUAUGGGACAUUGCACAUUCUGUGAAGGAAAAUUUUGGAAAAAAACUCUAUGAUGCAUUGUUAAGAGGAGAAAUUCCUGACAUGAACAAUAUUUUGGAUCGAGAUGAUGUAACAAUUAUGAAAAGAGCCAUCUUCUCAACUCAGCGACAGUCUUUGCCUCCAGUGACCACUCACAACAUGAUUGAUGACUCCACUGAUCCUAUCCUCAGCACCAUUAGACGGAUCGGACUUUUCAACAGCCGCACAGACAGAGUCAAGGUGAUUUUGCACCCAGAGUUUCUAUCCUCCACCAGUCCCUUACUACCCAUGGAUUAUGAAGAGUUUGUCCGAGGUUGUCAUCUUGGAGUAUUUCCAUCUUACUAUGAACCAUGGGGCUAUACUCCAGCUGAAUGUACCGUGAUGGGUAUCCCCAGUGUGACAACCAACCUUUCCGGCUUUGGCUGUUUCAUGCAGGAGCACGUGGCUGAUCCUACUGCGUAUGGUAUUUACAUUGUUGACAGGAGAUUCCGCUCUCCGGAUGAUUCCUGCAAUCAGCUGACUCAGUUUCUCUAUGGAUUUUGCAAACAGUCACGCCGCCAAAGAAUUAUUCAGAGAAACCGAACUGAGAGGCUCUCUGAUCUUCUGGAUUGGAGAUACUUGGGCAGAUAUUAUCAGCACGCCAGGUACCUGACAUUAAGCAGAGCUUUUCCAGAUAAAUUCCAUAUGGAGCCUACAUCACCACCCACGACAGAAGGAUUUAAAUACCCCAGGCCUUCCUCAGUUCCACCUUCUCCUUCAGGGUCUCAGGUCUCUAGUCCUCAAAGCAGCGAUGUGGAAGACGAAGCAGAGGAUGAGCGAUACAAUGAGGAAGAGGAGGCUGAAAGGGAUCGGUUAAAUAUCAAGUCGCCAUUUUCUCUGGGCCGUGUUCCUCGUGGGAAGAAAAAGCUACAUGGUGAAUACAAGAACUGAAUUCCAUGCUUGUCGAACAGAGCUGAUGUAGUAAGAACAGAAUAAGAGUCAUUAUUUAAAGAAAUGAAAAUGCUACAAAUUUCAUUUUCUUCUUCUAAGUGUGACCAAGGGAUUUAUUCUCUGCUUACCAAGGGGAAAAGAUUAAGUGAAUGGCAAUUUGGUAAUUUCUAUUAAAAUCCAAGUUAUUUUCCCCUACUCCCUUCCCCCAGUAAAUUUAGGCACGAAGAAGAAUGUUCAUUAAAGGAGGAAGACUGGAAGUGUUUUUAAAAUGUUAAUUUAAGCAAUAAGAAUUUUCAUUUUCUAGUAUUUAUUUUUAAAUUAUCAUCACCACAAUCCUGUGCUUAGUAUUUAUACAGCUGCCAUAUCUACCAAAUAAACCUCCCAUUUUUCCUGCA